AUGUUACGAGCAUGGAGUUUUCAAACUGAAACUGACUUUUGUUUCAGAGAGCUCAAAGUAUCCUGUACCAAUGCCUUAGCUGGAAAAAAAUUCACACAAGAAAUUGGCGUUGAAAAAGUGGACAAAUCAUUAGUUGCGAAUUUCGAAAUCCUCAAUUUAGUUCCGGAACCUAGUAUUUAUAACAAUAGAACCGAAUCAGAAAUAUCGUCUAUUUUAACCAACGUCAAAUGGAAACGUGUGGGAAUGGUGUCGGGUCGAUCUGUGAGAUUGGAUACUAUCAUUUGGCCAGGAGGUGAUCUUUCCGUGGCCGCUGUUUCCACAAGAGCUAGGACCGUAUUCAGAGUAGUUACUGCGCUAUCGCCCCCUUUUGUGAUGGAAAGCGAGUUAGACGAGGAUGGACAGUGUCUUAGAGGUCUUCCAUGUCAUCGAGUUCUCACCUCCGACAAGGAUAACCUUACCCUUGUAUUCAAUGAAAUGGCUCGAUUAGAAGAAGAAGAAGACGAGGAACAAGAAGGAAGUCAGUAUACAGAAUACAAAACAUUCACCAACGAUUAUAGCGAUGACGAAGAUCGAUUUUUUCCGUUCCAGAAAUUCAAAUAUAAAACCAAUUGUUGUUAUGGUCUUUCCAUGGACCUACUCGAAAAUAUUGCUCAAGAAUUAGAAUUCGAUUUUAGAUUGUAUAUAGUUGCCGAUGGCUUUUUUGGUUCAAGGA